AUGGGAGAAGAAAUAUAAUAAUAAUCAACUGACACACACAAAAACAAAAACCGGUGUCAAUUUGUUUGUCAAAAAAACAAUAUAAAAACUAAUUAAAACUUAAACAAACAAAUAAGUAAACAAUGGAUUUAAUAUAUCGAGCACCAUACUGUGUGCUCGAAGUACCAAAUUUAAAAUUAAAAAAACCAUCAUGGUUUGUAAAACCAAGUGCAAUGGUAGUAUUUUCAAUAGUCCUACUGUCAUACUUCAUGGUAACUGGAGGUAUUAUUUAUGAUGUUAUUGUUGAGCCUCCAAGUGUUGGAUCAACAACUGAUGAACAUGGUCACACAAGACCGGUUGCAUUUAUGCCUUAUCGUGUUAAUGGACAAUACAUAAUGGAAGGUCUUGCAUCAAGUUUUCUAUUUACACUUGGUGGUCUUGGCUUUAUUAUUUUGGAUCAAACUCAUGCACCAUCAACACCAAAACUUAGUAGAUUACUUUUAACAAGUGUUGGAUUUAUUUGCAUUGUUGUUUCAUUCAUAACUUGCUGGAUCUUUAUGCGAAUGAAACUUCCUGGUUACUUCUAGUGGUAAGCAUGAAGACAAUUAAAUUGUCUUCAAUUCGUUUGUUAAAUCAACGAAAUCAGGAUUGUUUCAUUUGUCAAUGCAUGCAUCAUCAUGAGUAAGUCAUUAAAAUAAAUAAAAACAAGAUUACAAUCUUCUACUUUAUAUACUUUCAAUUGAUAAAAUUAAUUAUUUAAUCAACAAGAUAUUUAAAAAUUAAUAUUUAUAUGCUCAAAUAUAUAUCCAAUAUAUAUUUUUUUGUAAACUACAAUUUUUUCAUUAUCCAUUUGUUUAUAAUAAACAACAAACAAUGGAUAAUAAUUUUUUAAUUCAUUAAAUUUAUGUAGAAUUGAUUGACGAUAUUAUCAUUUAUUCGAAAUGUUUUAAUAAAUUUUUUUUAUAGACAAAUUGCUUCAUUUAAUUUUGAGUAUUUAUGGUUUUUUUUUUUUUUUAUUUAAUUAAUAAUUAUAUACAAAUUAUUGGUUGUUUAUAUUUUUUACAACUUAAUUAACAAAUUAUUUAUUAAUUCAUUUUUUAAUUUCGAAAUUCUUGAU